CACUUUAAACUUUGCCCAAAGUUAAAGAACUGAGUUCCAAAGAUCAGCUUCUCCCAGAAUCUUGCCCUCAGAAGGAUUCUACCCGUGAACGUCCUCUCGCCCCCUCCUUCUGUGGAACAGCCCACUGUACGGAAUGGGUGCUAAGAUGGCGGCCCCCAUGGAGAUACGACUAGCGCAGCCAUAUUCUUCGUCUGACAACACCGCUGUUGGACCACGUCUCUGCCGAUCCGUAACAGCGCUGUGUUCAGAUUUCUUGGUGCCUCUGUGGAACCAUUGAGUCUUACCCCUUACUGGAGGCUGCAGGACCCUCUGCACACAGAGAGCUGCCCAGCAAGGAAGGUGGGCCGAGACCCAGGGUGAACAUGCCAGCUAAUGGGACAUCACCGCAGGCAUUCCCUGCCCUGAUUCCAGGAGAACAUGGCAGAUCCUUUGAGGGAUCCGUGUCAUUCGAGGAUGUGGCUGUGGAUUUCACCCGACAAGAGUGGCACAGACUGGACCCUGCUCAGAGGACCAUGCACAAGGAUGUGAUGCUGGAGACCUACAGCAACCUGGCAUCUGUGGGCCUCUGCGUGGCCAAACCAGAGAUGAUCUUCAAGUUGGAGCGAGGAGAAGAGCUGUGGAUAUUAGAGGAGGAAUCCUCAGGCCAUGGUUACUCAGGAUCUCUCUCACUGCUGUGUGGCAAUGGUUCUGUUGGGGAUAAUGCCCUCAGGCAUGAUAAUGACCUUCUUUACCAUCAGAAGAUUCAAACAUUGGAUCAAAAUGUUGAAUAUAAUGGAUGUAGGAAAGGCUUUCAUGAGAAAACAGGCCUUGUUAGACAUAAAAGAACACCCACAGGAGAUAAAAACUUUGAAUGUCAUGAAUGUGGGAAAGCUUACUGCAGGAAAUCAAACCUUGUUGAACAUCUGAGAAUACACACAGGAGAGAGACCUUAUGAAUGCAGUGAAUGUGCAAAAACCUUCAGUGCAAGAUCAUACCUCAUUGCCCAUCAGAAAACCCACACAGGGGAGAGGCCUUUUGAGUGUAAUGAAUGUGGGAAAUCUUUCGGCAGGAAGUCACAACUCAUCCUACAUAUGAGAACACACACUGGAGAGAGACCCUAUGAAUGCACUGAAUGUGGGAAAACCUUUUCUGAGAAAGCAACCCUCACAAUUCAUCAAAGAACUCACACAGGGGAGAAACCCUAUGAAUGUAGUGAAUGUGGAAAAACAUUUCGUGUAAAGAUAUCCCUUACCCAACACCACAGAACUCACACAGGGGAAAAACCUUAUGAAUGUAGGGAGUGUGGGAAAAAUUUCCGUGCCAAGAAAUCCCUAAAUCAGCAUCAAAGAAUUCACACAGGUGAGAAACCUUAUGAGUGUGGUGAAUGUGGGAAAUUCUUCCGAAUGAAGAUGACUCUCAAUAAUCAUCAGAGAACUCACACAGGUGAAAAGCCCUAUCAGUGUAAUGAAUGUGGAAAAUCUUUUAGGGUGCACUCAUCUCUUGGGAUCCAUCAGAGAAUUCACACAGGAGAGAAACCUUAUGAAUGUAACGAGUGUGGUAAUGCUUUCUAUGUGAAAGCACGCCUCAUUGAACAUCAGAGGAUGCAUUCAGGAGAGAAACCCUAUGAAUGUAGUGAAUGUGGGAAAAUCUUCAGUAUGAAAAAAUCCCUCUGUCAACACCGGAGAACUCACACAGGAGAGAAACCUUAUGAAUGUAGUGAAUGUGGAAAUGCCUUCUAUGUGAAAGUACGCCUCAUUGAACAUCAGCGAAUUCACACAGGAGAGAGACCCUUCGAGUGUCAAGAAUGUGGGAAAGCUUUCUGCCGGAAAGCACACCUCACAGAACAUCAAAGAACUCACAUAGGCUGGUCCUGGCAUUGUGCAAUGGAAAAAGCCUCUCCCUGAAGACUUCCCUCACCAUUGGAUCAAGCUCCUUGGGGCAUAUGAUCACCAGGGCACACAGAGUGUGCCUGUAAAAAUUUGGCACGUAUAUUGUAUCAAAAUAUGUCCUGAUCCCCUGAGGGGUUAGCUCAUUGUUUUUAUUUGGAUUUCCCUAAUUAGCGGUGUGUGAACAUCUUAUCUGUUGAUUGGCUAUUUGAGUUUUUUCUUCUGUGCAUUGACUGUUCAUGUCCUCUGCUCAUUGUUUUCAAAUGGGCAUUGUUUUCAAAUGUUUUCAUCUCUUACUUUUUGGUUUAAAUGUUGUUGUUUUUUAACAUAUGAGAAUAUAAAAAUCCUUUUUUUUUCCAUCAUGUGUGUUGCAAAUAUCUUCUCCCAGACUGAGAUUGGUUCUUUAAUUUUGUCAUCUCUUUUCUUCUGCUGAAGUUUUAUUUAUUUAUUUAUUUGAAAUGGAGUCUCACUCUGUUGCCCAGGCUGGAGUGCAAUGGCCUGACCUCAGCUCACUGCAACUUCUGCCUCCUGGGUUCAUGUGAUUCUCCUGCUUCAGCCUCCCAAGUAGCUGGGAUUACAGGCACGCACCACCAUGCCCUGCUAAUUUUUGUAAUUUUAGUAGAAACAGGGUUUCACCAUGUUGGCCAGGCUGGUCUUGAACUCCUGACCUCAAGUGAUCCACCCACUGUGGCCUCCAAAAGUGUUGGGAUUGCAGGCGUGAGCCACCAUGCCCGGCUAGUUUUAUAUAUUAAUAUUAUCAGUUUCAAGGUGAUAAUAUUCUCCUAUACUUUCCUCUAGAGGUUUUCCUUUCAACAUUUAGAAUUUCAAUAUCCUGUGAGAUUUUUUGGUAUAACAUGAAGUGUGCAAUACUAUACUACUAUAUUGUCUUUAUAUAAUUUGACAUAAAUGAGAUCACACUGUAUUUAAAGUUCUGCAGCUUGCUUUUCUCAUGUAAUGUUACCUUUCCAAGAUCUGUCCUUGUUGAUAAGUGUGGUUCUGGCUAGUAAAUAACUCUCUCCAUUCCCCCAGUAAAAGACAUUUGUAUCUU